AUGGCGUUCAUUAAAGAGGAGAGUGAAGAUGUGAAGAUUGAAGAAACAUUCACAGUCAAACAGGAAGAUCUGCAGGAACAAACAGACCUAAUUGGAGAGAAGGAGGGGAGUAAAGAGGAGGAACAUCAUGUUAAAAUUGAGGACAAAACUCAUUUACAGACUGAUGGUAUUUUGAAAAGGAGAGACGGGAAUCGUUUCACUUGCACUCAGUGUGGAAAGAUUUUGGGAAGCAAAAGCAAACUUAAGAUUCACAUGAGCAUCCACACAGGAGAGAAACCAUUUACAUGCACUCAGUGUGGGAAGAGUUUCAGCAAAUCAUCAUCCCUUAAUCAACACAUGAGGAUCCACACUGGAGAGAAACCAUUCACAUGCACUCUGUGUGGGAAGAGUUUUAGCUUAUCAUCAUCCCUUAAUCUACACAUGAGGAUCCACACUGGAGAAAAACCAUUUACAUGCACUCGGUGUGGGAAGAGUUUCAACUGCUCAUCAAACCUUAGUAAACACAUGAUGAUCCACACUGGAGAAAAACCAUUCACGUGCACUCAGUGUGAGAAGAGUUUUAGGAUAUCAUCAUCCCUUAAUCUACACAUGAGGAGCCACACUGGAGAGAAACCAUUCACAUGCACUCAGUGUGGGAAGAGUUUCAGCCAAUCAUCAUCUCUUAAUAAGCACAUGAGGAUCCACACUGGAGAGAAACCAUUCACAUGCACUCAGUGUGGGAAGAGUUUCAACCGAUCAGAACACCUUAAUCUACACAUGAGGAUCCAUACCGGAGAGAAAUCAUUCACUUGCACUGAGUGUGAGAAGAGUUUUACCUGCUCAUCAAACCUUAAUCUACACAUGAGGAAACACACUGGAGAGAAACCAUACGCAUGCACUCAGUGUGGGAAGAUUUUCAGCCAAUCAUCAUGCCUUAAUCUACACAUGGUAAGCCACAACGGAGAGAAACCAUGACCUACGAAACUCUGACGGACUCUGACCUGCGAAAUCGCAUCACUUGACUGUGUGAGACCAAUCGAAGAUCAAAACAUGACCUCUCUGGACCGAAAUUUAAAAAAAUGUACCAAUCGCUCACUUUUUAAAAUGUCUAAUCAUCUUGUUUGUUCCCGCUCCUUUUCGCAACGCCGUACAACAGAAUUUUGCAUGCUCAAACUCUAUUGUGACCGCAGCUUCGGUGUGGGAUGAGUUUCAGCACAUCCUCAGACCUUAAUAAACGCAUGAAGACCCACACUGGGAAGAAACCAUUGACAUUCACUCAGUGUAAGAAGAGUUUUAACCGAUCAGCAAACCUUAAUGAACACAUGAAGAUCCACACUGGUGUGAAAGAGUAUAUGUGUUUUGAAUGUGAGAAGACUUUUAUUACAAAAUUGAAACUGCACCAGAUGUUUUACACUUGAGAGACCAUACAAGUGUUCACACUGUGACAAGAGGUUUAAUCAGUGAACACUUCUGAAUCACACAAAAGAGGAUUCACACUGGAGAGAAACUGUACAUCUGAAAUCUGAUGUGUCUACAGAAUUGGACAAAAAGUUGCACACAUUACAUGAAUGCAGCAAAACAUUUUCUCGUGUAGGGAUGUCCUGAUACAAAAUUUUAACUUCCGAUACGAUACCGAUAUUGCAGCCUUCAGUACGAACCGAUACCGAUAUAUAUCCGAUAUCAGCAAAAAUCAUAAAUACUUUACUUUUUUAAUUUUAUAAAAUAUCUUAAUUGAAUAAACAAAAAUACAUUUUUAAAGUGCAAAAUGCUAAUUAAAGGUCAUUUCAGUUAUACAUUUUUUUUAAUCAUAAAAUCGUAGAAACAGCUGAGAGCAGGAACAUAUGAAAAAAAUAUUGUUAAUUGAACAACUGCUAAAGGUUCAGUGUCCAAAGUUUCGAUUUCAAACACAGCUUUUUGGUGAAUUUUUGUUCCAGUUGAGCUGCAAAAUAUCUUUCAAGCUGGGCUCCAGAAAUAAGUUAUUGUUAAUUAAUAAAAAUGUGCAGUAUGGUUAGUACAAACAUUUUCAUGACCAGAUCUAUUUAAUCUUUGUUUGUAUCAUAAGAACAUUAUGGCUGUAUCAAUGUUCCCAAACAUUAUUAAUUUUAUAAUAAUAUAUAUUGCACAUAUUAUCUUUAACAUAACUAUACUUGCAGAAGCUGGAUUGAAACACACCUUUUCUCCACAGCACAUACAAUAAUAUGACUUUUAAGAAUAUUUUAUUUAUGAAAAUUCAUUAUAUUUACAUAAUAUAUUGCACAGAUUCCACCCUACUGUCCACAUCGAAAAAAAUUGACAAUGUAAAGACAGACAGAACUGCGAACUGAUGUGCAAACCUGACACUGUUUAUCAGAGCACUUUAUCUUUCUGGGCUUUUUAACGAAGAGUUAAACAUGAGAAUGUCUCUAAUUAAAUGUUCCUUCUGCCCCAAAAGUAAUAUCAUUCUUUCUUUUAAACUGUAAUGGCCAUCAGCAACAGAAUGAUUUCUUAUUCUUAUUUAACAGACAAUGAAAACAGCAAAAAUGUUUAGCAUUUUACAUGACACGUUUCCUUUUAGAGUGUUCAAGUAAAAAAUAAAAUAAAGAAUAAUAAAUCCA